GUAAUGUCCUCCAGGAAGUCAAGUUCCCCAGAGGAAGGCUUGCCUUCCAGUAAAUAUGGAGAGCGUACUCCUCUGCGAAGUCUGGAGAAUGAAAUGCUGCACCUGCCAACUUCUAGGCUGAAAUCAGGUGCUGAUGCUGCCAAGAUGGCAAAGGAUGACGUUCCUCUCCGUGAUCCAGUAUCUCACUUAGACUUUUCUCCGUCCAUCAAAAUGAUGCAGAUGCACAAUCCCACAAUUGCUAAGACUGUUUGUGGACUUGGAGACGUAACAUUUAAAUCCUUUGUAUGCCCUGGUGGGGAGGUUGAAAUUUCAGACUCUUCAGUGUCUGCAGAACAGAGCAUUGUUUUGCCUCAGGAUCAGGCUACAUGUAACACUGGAUCAGAAGAUACAGUCAUAUCUGACAGUAUGAUUGUGCAGUCAUGUGCUGAUCACACAGAUCAUCCCUAUUACAAUUCAGAGACAACGAAUGCUACAUUGCGUGAAACUGAAGAAGCAUGCCUCUGUGAAUUUCCCAACAAUACACUGGCCUCUGGGAGACAGGAUGAUGAAUGUGCCACACAGAAAUCUGAAGUUUUUGAGAAUGACCAAUAUGCAGAUGAAGAUAUUGUCCAAAAACAUGACACCGCAGCUCUGCCACAGGCACAGGACAUUCAAUUUUUACAAGACAACAGUGUAAAUUCAACAUAUUCCUCUCACUAUGGUCAACUGUGUGAAACAGAGCAUGCUGAUCAUCCCAGCUGUAGCAGUGUGAAUGUUCCUGACAUCACCACUUUCUCCGAGGCUCCAAAUGUUUUUGAGAAAUGUGCUGAUGGUCUGAGUGAUGUAACCUUCAAAUCAUUUAACUGCUCUGGGGGAGAGGUAGACAUUUCAGAACGCACCAACAUUAUGAAUGACACAGUUCCUGUACCGGACAACACCAUGACAAGCAGCGAGCCACACAGUUACAGCAUGAAUCAAAGCCUUUUAGCCAAUGAUUACGACGUGCAAAAUGGUAACCGGCAUGUGGAUCAUCCAUACUGUCAUCAUGAAAGUUCUUCAUUGACCUCAGGUGAUAAAGAGGAAUCGUUGCCGUGUAUUAUUAGUGAUGUGGAUGAGGUUAAAACAGGGGAUGGGGAUGAAAAAUCCAAUUGCUCCCCAUUGCCUGAGAAAAUACACCCUCUGCUGGAUAACGUCUCUAAAUCUGCAUGUGUUACACAGGAACUGUUCCUGUGUGAGGAACAAAUCCAUGGUGACUAUGAAGCACCAAACUGUCAUGUGGAGAAUGAUGAAGUUGUUUUAGAUUCUCAGUCACCAGCUAUCAACGCAUCGUCAAAGCCUUUGGAUAAUGAGUCUGUCACCUGUCAAGAGCAAGAAACAGUAAAGCACUCAAUAUGUUCAGAAAAUGUGGCUUCAGCAGAGAAUCUGGCACCUGUGGAAGUGCAGCAGCUUCUGGGACAUGUGUCUCAAGUGCAGUCGAGCAGUGCACCGCCUGAAUCCAGCGAAGCAAAAGACAGUGCUCUUGGUUCAUCGGGAAAUGAACCUGUACUUAGUAAUUCUGGAGAAAAACCUCACCACCCUACAGAGAAUCCUGCGGAUAUUUUGAAAGCUCUGUCAGAGUUUUCUUCAGUAGCAUCAGCUUUGCAGUUUAGAAUCCUCAGUCCUAUUGUUAGGAGAUCCUCAAAGUCUGUAUUCAAGGCUCUUGACGAUCAUGCGGUGGAUAAUUAUUUGGCUUUCGACUCUGCCCUUGAUGGUGAAAAGAGCUUGGUGUCUCCUGUCGUCGCUGAUCCCUCCGGGUUGUGGGUAGAGCACUUGGAGAGCCCCAUGCCACGUCCCCUGUUCAACUCUACAGCGAUGUGUCACAAGCCUCAUUCAGGCCCAGGCACUGAACCGGAGAAGGGUGUGGGUGAGAAGCCUUAUGUUGUCCCACCGUCAGAGGGAGAAAAGCCAGCUGUCCCAUUGAUUCUAGAUGGGCCACUUCAGCAGCAACUCCGGCAGAUGGCAGAGUUCCUUCUCUUGGCAACUGGAAAAAUGGUUCCUGCUGGUGUUUCUGUAUGUGCACCACCUCCUGCUGCCACUAUGGCACCACCACCAAGAGCUACUACUGCAGAAUCCCACAGUGUCUGUGUGGGUACCACUGCUGUGAAACUGGUGGACCACAGCAUCAAUACAUCUGGCCAGUUUGAGCUCAAGAGAGAUUUUUCUGUGGCUGAUUCCUGCGCUCAGACUGACCCUCUCCUGUGGAAUGUACCUCCGGGGAGCCUAGAGUGCCUGCCUAGAUCAGAGCUGGAACAGAGGUUAAGGUCUAGCAUGAUCAUGGUGGAGGCCCUGGUGCAGCAGUUGGCUGCAUCCCGAACACAUGGAUCUACAGGCCCUGCACCUUCAGAGCUCAGGGAGAAAUUAGUGCAGACUGACCACACUGAGCUCAGUCAGACCACAGGGUAUCGAGACCUUUAUAUGGAGGCUCUGAGCAGGAUUAGUGAGUUGGAGCUGGACGGAGGUUCUCUCCAGAAACUCAUUCAGUGUAUGCAAGACAUGAGAAUCACUAUGACUUCUUUGAGUAGCAACACAGACACUGCGUUCUCUAACAUGAUAGAAAUGGAAGAGCUUGUCAGAGAAGACCAUCAAAGCCUGGUUUCACACUAUGGUCAGAUGAAGUCUCUAUUUGAGAAAACGAGGACGACACAAACACAAAUGAUGCAGAAGGUCAAAGAAGCUCUUCACCAAAGAGAUGACAUGAGGAAACAGAUGGAGGAAUCCUUCCAAGCCAAGGAGGCGGCCUUCCGCACGAUGGAACAGCUGAGGACACAUUGUGCCACAGAAAAGUCAGAGUUAGAGAGGAGUGUUGGGUCUCAGCAGGAACUACUUGCUGCUCUCAAACAGACUUUUCCAGAACAGGUUGCAUUAAACCAGGCCUACACUCAAAUGCUGAACUCUGCUUCUGAUCAGUUGUCUGAAACCAUGGUGGAGCAGUCCAGUUUGAUCAAAGAGCUCGGCACAGUCAGAGCCCUCCUGCAGAAAACUGCUCCCAUGCUCCUGAAGCUCAACGACAAGGCUGUAGCUGCUUUGCGCGAGAGAGACGAGCACAUUUCUGCAAAAGACCAAGCUGUCAAAGAGAGAGAACAGUUCAAAGAAGAGCUGGACCAAACUAAUCUGAAUCUACAAACUGCCAGAGAACAGAUUGGCGAUUUAAAUCUGCAGAUGACAAUUUUGUCCUCAGAGAUGAAUGUUCUGCAUGAGAAGUUAACAGAGAGAGACCAAGAGCGGGGUCAGCUGGAGAGGAAGGCGACAGAAUUGUCUGCCACAGUUUCCUCAACGCUGGCUUCCUACACUUUCUUGGAGCAGGCACUCGCAGCUGAAACAACAAAAUUGCAGCAGUCAUGGAAAGACAUCCAGCAAGCCAGGGACAGAGGAAAUGAGUUGGAGGCAUCACUGGAGCAGUCAGAGCAGCAGGUUUCUGAGUUAAGUCAGGCUUUGUCUCACAGUGAGGAGCAGCUCAGUCAGCUGCAGACCCUCUCACAGUCUCAGAAAAUGCAGAUCCAGCAGCUCCAGGACCUUUGCACACAACUCAGCGACGUACGGGAAAUGAGCGAGUUCUUGCAGAUGGAGAAUCAGUUGGCGAGGGAGCAGGUGGCUGAAAGUGAGCGCUUGCUGAGGGCCAACUUGCAAGGACUCAGGGAAAGGAACAUCCAGUGUGAGGACCUAAAAGAAGAACUUAGUCAGCUUCAGCUUGAGAACAGAAGUCUGCGGGAGCAACUGGAAACCACAAGAUCUCAAGCCUGUGCAAAGCAGGUGGAGCUUGGAGAGAAGCUGGCUCAGAGGGACACUGAGAUCACUUUGCUGCAUCACACACUGCGAGGACUCACCAAUGAGCUACAAGCAGCUCUCAACGAUGAGAGAGCUGAACAACAGAAGGAUAAAGAUUCUCAAUCAGUCCAUCAAAUGCAGCGCCGUCACCCCUCCAGCUCGUUUGUGGACAGCAUCAUGGUUGCAUUAACUGUCGAGCAAGAGGAAGAGAUGAAAGCAGACACGCCUCCUGAACCAGACACGCCUGAAGCACAGUCGGAGACGUUGUUCAGUGAGAAGAGUGCCUUCACCCGAAUUGCAGCCGUCACUCCUAAGAAGAAUGUGAGUGCAGCGGAGAUUGAACCAGUAGAGGACGACGAGAGCGGUGUGGCAGAGCUGGUCGUCGACGUGAGCAGCACCGUCGCAGAACUCAUCAGCACGCUGAAAGUGCUGCAACAGCGCAGGGAUGCUCAGCUGGAGGAGCUGCACAACACCAUCUAUGGCCUGCAGGAGGAGCAGCAGACUGUAAAGAGCAAACAUGAGGCUGAAGUGUCGGAGCUCAAGCAUCAGCUGAACCGACUGAACGUCCUCGCUGAGAGAGGCAAUCAGGCCUUGCAGCAGCAAGCUCAGGAUGAGAAAACGGUGGUAAACUUGUCAGAAGAAAUACAAGAAGUCCAGGAAAUUCUUAACAAACACAAGUUUGACAAUAAUGAGUUGCGUAAGGAGGUGACAGACCUUCGCCUCACUCUCCAGCAGUCCCAGGUGGAGUCUCAAUUCUUGCGUGAGGAAUUGAGAAAAGCUGGUGGUGUGUCGGCUAACCCUACACAUUUGAUGGAAGAGAAGAUCCUGUUAUUGAAAGAGGUGGCGAGACUGAAGUUGAGUCUUCAAGAGGUGGAGCAGGCCCGAGUGAAACUCCUUGAGCGAGCAAAGAGACAUCAAAUGAUCCAUCAGAACAACCAGCAGAAAAGUGAGAAUGAACUUCAGAUGUUAAACCACAUGAUCAAUAAAGUCAGAGAGACUCUGAUGUCUUUGCCAGAGAUUGUGAAGAAUUGUCAACUCCUUCAGCAGCUUGUUGAAUACAUUGGCUAAUGUGUGUUGUUGUUGUUUUCUCUUGUAUUCAUUUUAUUUAUGUCUUCAUGUCUUAAGCUGGUUCUCACUGUAAGUUGUUACGUUUUUCCUAAUUAAAUUUCCUUUUUUAAUCUUUUUUAUUUGUUUUUGUCUAACUUUUGCUGUUUGUUUUUUGUUUGUUUUUGCAUUUGAAUAACAAAGAAGUCAAAUGUUGUACAGUCAUGUUAAUAUUAAAAACAGCAAAUUUGAAUACAUCCAAACUGAAUAACUACAUAUGUUGUGCCAUGCUGUAAGGAAAGUUAGGUAUGCUCCAGCAAACUAGUUAUUAAAAUCAUACAUUACAUUCAAUCAUUUAAGGAAUUUCAGUGAAUAAUUCUUCUUCGUCUUAAUUUUCAGACAUGAUAAAUUAACAAAAAAGAAAAAUCCUAUCACAGUUUGUGACAGCCAUGUAAAUGAAUAUGGACACCAUGUAAAUGUGUUUGAAUGGGAUGCACAGAAAA